UUUUUACAAUGUCAGACGAUGAGGAUUACAUGUCUAGCACUUUUAUGGAGAAAAUGAAUGACGUUAAACCAGGUAUUAAUUCUUCCCGGAUAGCCCAACGUUCUUUAAAAAUUCAUGCAAAUCGCUUAGCGGCAGAGGAAAGACAACAAAAUGAAAAACCAAGAAAUAGAGAGCAGCUGGAGAAAAAUAGAAGAGAAGAGGGAAUAUCCAAGCCCAUUGGAAGUGACAGCAAAGGAUUUAAGUUGUUAUCAUUAAUGGGUUAUAAGCCUGGAAUGAGCCUUGGAAUUAAACGAGAAGGAAGUCAAAAUGAAGGAAUAAAAGAACCCAUAUCAAUUCAAGUCAAAGCAAAUCGAAGUGGUGUGGGACACGAGGAAGAACAAAAUGAAAAACAACGCCAAGUCUGUGAAGCUCAUAUGGAAAGGAUGAUGAAAAGGGCGAGAAUGGAGGUUUGUGUGAUUUUUGUGGAGAAUAUUUGGGUUGAAUUUUAAGUAAAAUCGGGGCGAGGUUAAGUCCUUUAAGUC